UGAUAAAUGAGAGAGAGAGAGAGAGAGAGAGAGAGAGAGAGUACUAGUAGCUACUACUUAGCCUUGUUUUUUUUUCAGUGUCGUCGCCAGCAUUUUUGCAGUUAAUUUAGUGUGUGCAGAGGGAGGGAGAUAGAUCAGGUAAAGAAAGAGGAGAGAUCAAACACGCAAAACACACAAUGUUUGAUGGAGUACCGGACCAGUUCCACCAUUUCAUAGCCUCAUCAAGAACCACUCUCCCUCUUCCUCUCUCCUUUCCUCUUCAUGCCGCCGCCGCCGCCGCCUCUAAUCCCUCCCAAAAUAUUACCUUCCCACCUUAUGAUCAUUACGAGCCACCUCCUCCAAAUUCUCAUCACCAUCAGUCUGGCCUACUCCUCCAUCCAAACCUUUUGCAGCCAUUGCACCACCAAUCUCCCACCCACAAAGAUGAUGAUGAGAAAGAAAAUAACUUGGUGUCUGUGAAUUUAGACAUUGAAAGAGAGAGAUCCAUACCGGUACAGCAGCCAAUCGACCCAGCUUGGACUAACGAAGAAGUGAUUGCACUGUUGAGAAUCAGAUCUAGCAUGGAGAAUUGGUUCCCGGAGUUCACUUGGGAACAUCUCUCAAGGAAGUUAGCAGAGCUUGGGUUCAAGAGGAGUGCUGCGAAUUGCAAGGAAAAGUUUGAAGAGGAAAGUAGAUAUUUCAAUAGCAACAUUAACUACGGCAAGAGUUACAGGUUUUUCAGUGAGCUUGAGGAGCUCUAUCAUGGAAACCAAAACCCUGAUGAUCAUCUUGGGACCGAAAAGAUCGGAAAAAAGAUGGAAAAGCCAAGUCAUGAUCAAGGCGGCCAUGAAGAUCACAACUUGGGGCAGAGUUUGGAAGCAGAUCAUUCAAGAGAUGGAAUAGGAACAAUUGGAGAACAUUUCAAGGAUAGUGGUACUGAAACUGUGGCAGGAAAAGCAAAGAGAAAAAAGAGAAAGAGGAAGAAGUUUGAAAUGCUCAAGGGUUUAUGUGAGAAAAUUGUGAGUAAGAUGAUGGCUCAGCAAGAGGAGAUGCAUAAUAAGCUUCUUGAAGAUUUGGUGAAAAGAGAUGAAGAAAAGGUUGCCAAAGAAGAAGCUUGGAAGAAGCAAGAGAUGGAUAGGAUGAAUAGGGAGCUUGAAAUCAUGUCACAUGAACAGGCUAUUGCAGGAGAUAGACAGGCUACAAUCAUCGAGUUCUUGAAGCAAAUCGCAUCGAGUUCUUUCGGAAGCCAAUAUUGCAAUGAAGAAAGACAUGAUAUACAGGCCGAUUCUCCUAAGGUAACAAAGAGUUCAAACUCAUAUCCUCCCAGUACUUCAUCUUCCUUAAUUCAAGCGCCAAACCCUAAUCCGGCUUCUCAUAUCAAUAACCAAAAUACAGUUGAAGCACCCCAGCUUUCAUUUGCAAUGGAUCAAGGUCAUCAGAAUUCUAGCUCUCUUUCCACCAAAGGGAACUCGAUCACACCCACUUCAAUAACCAAAACCCUAGCACGUCAUCAAAACCCUAUUCUAAAUACUCUUGCCCCAAACACUCCAGAAGUACCCAGUACUACUUCACCUACUCUCCCCCUAUCAUCCCAAAACCCUAAUUCUCCGAAUACCCAAAACAAGCCACUUACACCCAUUUCAAUUUCAACACAGAAAGACUCCCCAAACUCCAUAACCAAUAUUGUCAAAGAUGACCUUGGAAAGAGAUGGCCAAGAGAUGAAGUUUUGGCACUUAUAAACCUGAGAUGCAGUCUCUAUAACAAUGGUGAGGACAAGGAAUUAGGAGCCAAGGCUCCUCUGUGGGAGAGAAUCUCACAAGGGAUGCUGGAGUUGGGUUACAAGAGGAGUGCAAAGAGGUGCAAAGAGAAAUGGGAGAACAUAAACAAGUAUUUCAGGAAAACCAAGGAUGUUAACAAAAAGAGGUCCCUUGACUCUAGAACAUGCCCUUAUUUUCAUCAGUUGAGUACUUUGUACAAUCAAGGAAGCCUUGUAGCACCUUCCGAAGGGCCGGAAAACCACUCGAUCAGCAGUACUACCGCACCGGAAAACCACUUGCCUCUUCCGGAGACUGGCCUCAAUUCAUCUCAAGACAUGUCUAGCAGCCUUAACUCCACAAUAUUGCAAGGUGCUGAAGGUGAGAAAAAUAUGGUUUAAGCACAUUAAUCUUUUGAUUUUGAUCAAUUCUAAAUUAUUAUGCAGUAGUCGUGUGUGAUAUUACAUGUAUUUUUAAAUGAUAAUGAUACUAAUAACUGGUACCUUUUCAGAGAGAGAAAAGUAGUUCUAGUAA